CAGUGUCAGUUACAGCAAAUUUAAUUUAUCAAAAACAUUGUAAUUUUUCGUGAUACAAUAACAUCAUACUUUUAAUAAAAAUGUGUACACAUUAAAUAUAUUGUUCGGUAUUUCAACUAUGGCUUUGUCAAUUAGAAUUUUAUGUAGAAAUCAACGUUAUGUGUUUAACAUAACCAAACCGGUACAGUGGAGUAUAAAAACGCAAUUUUCCUUAAGGGCCUUAUCUAGUGGAAUUUGUUAUCAAAAUAGUAUUCUCCAGCAGCCUUUAUUUGAAAAAGAAUUAAAGCUAUUAUGGACACCCCUGAGGCCUAGCUCCACACAAAGCAAUGAUGGGAUAAAACCAUCUCAACCUGAUCAGGACAAGAAAUCUGGUCUAAUACAGCGGUUUAAGCAAAUGUAUAGAGAUUAUUGGUAUGUUCUAGUACCAGUUCAUAUGGCUACAUCAGCUGUUUGGUUUGGUGGAUUCUACUAUGCAGUCAGAAGUGGUGUUGAUGUGGUAAGCCUAUUAGAAUCACUUGGCGUAAGUGAAAAACUAAUGGAGCCACUAAAACAAUCAGGAGCUGGAUAUUUUGCCUUCACAUUUGCACUUUAUAAAGCCGCAACACCUCUAAGAUAUGCUGCAACUUUAGGUGGAACAACAUAUGCAAUUAAGAAAUUAACAAGUAUUGGAUGGAUUAAACCAGUACCUUCCCGUGAGAGAAUUAAAGAGAUGCUUCAGGAAAAAAAAGAUAAUAUUCAAGAUAAAUUCAAUGAGAGCAAGCAACAUUAUCAAAUACAAAUUAAAGAAAAACAAAGUCAUGUUAUUGAUGAAAUGCGAAGAUAUAAAACAGAAAUGCGUAAUAUGAAAAACAAGAUUAAGAAAAUGUAAUAGUUUUUUAAAUAAAUAUUUGUUAUUAUUAUACAUAUUAUUGUAUUUAUGGCGUAGCCAGUACUUGUUUAGUGUUUUUUUAAUAAAACAUCAAAUUACUGGAUGUAUUUAUUACUUCAAUAAAUUUAGAAUGCUGUUAAGACUUACAUAAUAACUUAAUCCAUUCAAUUGUAUUACCGAAAUUUACACAUAUUAUUGAAAUAAUUAAGUACUGAGACAGCACUUAUUUGGAAUGUUUCAGAAUGGCAAAAUAAAAACAGAUAUGCAGAUGUGCUGCCAAAUGUUAA